GUCUGCCGUGGCCCGUGACGCGCCCGGCCACCGAACACAAAUCACCAUCUUACAGAGCAUCAAAAGAAGCCUAUUUGUAAGCAUGCUACGAUGGACGAGGACCUCCGUCGCCUGCCUGGAUUCGCCUGGUACACGAAGCAGCCCAUCUGCGACAACACAUUAGAUAAUGCACAGCUGGAGACACGAUGCCCGCUCGACAAUGGUCGACACUCUGACGCGUCCGUUCCGUUGCGAUAUUCCGCCGGCAAGCUCGACCAGCUCCCGGCGGAACUCCUCAUCCAUAUUCUUCACCAAAUCGACAUUCCUUCGCUGACUAGAUUCCGUCGCGUCAACCGACGAGCGAUGGAGCUUGUCGAUAGUCUCCCUUACUACAAUGUCCUCGUCAAGCAUUUCCCCAACAUCAUCCGUGCCAUUGUCAGCAUCCAGGCAGACUCCUUUGACUGUGGUACACUAUAUAGGACCCUCAGCACAAAGAAAUGUUCAACAUGCAAGCGUUUUGGCGAUUAUCUUUACCUUGUCGACUGCCGCAGGGUCUGUUACUUUUGCUAUACCCGGCAGCCGGAAUUCUUCCCACUUACAACUCAACAAGCAUCGGCUUUUUUCACAUCGAAUCUGAAGAAGCAGCGCAAGGCUGCCACUAGCCGCCAAAUCUUGCAUGCGGCGAAACCUCCAAGCGUCCUAAGCCUACCCGGGCGGUACUGUACCGCCUGGGGGAGUGAUGGAGGCAAUCUGGCGCGGAAGCGGAUUCGACUCUACGAUCGUCGGUCAGUCGUCCACAGUCUAGCAGAGAUCGAUCUUCCAACGUUGGACAAAACUACCAGGGAACCUCGGCGAUUCAUGGCAAUCAUUACUGCGCCAUAUCUUCUUGAUAGUGGGCGGCGUGUCGACUGGGGCUACUUCUGCUCUGGCUGCAAGGAGAAAACGAGGCAUUUCAGGAUCAAGUACACAAAAGCCGACCUUCUGGAACACUUUGCGAGGUAUGGGCGUGUGGAAGAGAUGCCGAGAAUUCCCGGCAGGUUCACGCACGCCACUCCGAUAUGACAAGCCAAUUCAAGUUCUCUACCCAACAAUAGAAAGAAAUAGAAAUACUUUCGAUAUGUCCCUUUAUCUACAUCAGGCGCCCGUUUAGAUUCUUUCGCUAGCCCCGACAUAAUACUUCAACGCAUUAGCACUACUUGAAUUCCUCUGUCUUCCUACAACCGCAGGUGUACUUGCGGUAGGUUUGGAUGCACAUGGUGGUUGAGAUAGAGUGUCUUGUCGUGUCGUGAUCCUGCAGCGUAAUGCGACGGCGUCCGUGAGGAAUGGGUCUGCGUUACAACUUGGAGGUCAGAACAUACAUAUCUCCAGAGCAGAAGCAAAUAAGUCUAAAUUACCGUGGUGUGUUGCAGAAAACGCCAGAGCACGAGGCAGAAGAAGGUGACGAGGGCUAGUGUAUAGAGCUUGGAACUGUAUCCAAGGGCUAUGAUUCUCCUGCUCAUGACUCGGAAUCUUCUGGCCUUUUAUGUACAAACUUAGCCCCCCAAAGGCACGUAGAUAUACUCGUCCUUGUUGGCUGUAGAUAUGUGUUUUCUCAUUAGGCGCCCUGCCGUG